AUGGAGAUUCAAAAUAAAAGCAAUUAAUUGAUCUUCUAAUGCGAAGUAAUUCGUAAACACUUGCUCAUUGAUAAACACUAUUAACUGCAGAUAUUCGAAAAUAAGAUCAUUAUCAGAGAGAAUGUAUAGUAUAUAAAAUUGAUAUUCUCAUAGUUAGAACACCCUCCUAAGUAUGAGAUUGAUCUGAGUCUAAAAAGUCAAGUAAGUUGGAAACAUAGCGAUGAUCAUAAAAUUAAAGAGUUCGGCAUAAAGUAUUUUAAUAAAACAAAGUGGUUUACUGGUCAAUCUGCUCAGAUGAAUCAAAUGAAAACAUAUAUCUAAACGAAGGUCUUUAUGCAAGGAAUUUCUGGCUUCUACUCCUCCCAUGACAUAAUAGGUUCAGGGGCAUCUUGUAAGGUGAUCUUAGUUAAGGAUUACAAUGCCAAUAAGUCUUUUGCUGCUAAAUGCAUAAGUAAGGAUUACAUAAAGAAGAAAAGAACUUCAGACAGAUUCGAUAGGUUGGUUAAUGAAAUACAAAUAUUAAGAACAUUAAAAUCUCAUCCAAACCUAAUUAAGUUGAAUGAGAUUUUUGAAGGAGAAAAUAGUUACUACUUAGUGUUUGAUUACUUGGAUGGCGAGAACCUGCACAAGUUUAUCAAAAAUCAAUCCUAUCAAAUACCUGAGUAAAAUGUAAGGACAAUUCUACAUGUAUUUUAUACCAAGUUAUGUUAGCAACUGCUUCUGGGCAUCCGAAAAUGCCAUCAACAAAAUAUAAUACAUAGAGAUAUGAAAUUAGAAAAUGUCAUGCUUUCCAAAAUGAAUUCGAUUGAAAAUAUUAAAAUCAUAGACUUCGGUCUAGCCAUAUUUAAUACUCCAGAUUAUCCAUUUGCAGUUUGUGGUACACCUGGGUAUAUUGCUCCAGAGAUAUUAAAUUACGAAGAAAAUAAAUAUAAAAAUGAAAGAUUUUCGUAUUCUCCUUAAAUCGAUAUGUUUGGUAUUGGAGUCAUGCUCUAUAGGAUUAUGACGAAAUAGCCUCUAUUUGCUGCUGAUAAAACUAAAGAAUUAAUUAAUAAAAACUAGAAAUGCAUGUAUGUUAAGCAUACCAUUUCUUAAUAUAGUAAUAUUCUGAAUCAAAUUUUGUAUGGCUUAUUAGAAUAUAAUCCCAAAAAGAGGUUGACGGCAGAUUAGGCCUUGGAAUUACUGCAAGCAUAAUAGUUCAAUUAAAUCACUUUGAGGAACGAGUCUACGAGAAAUAUCAAUCUCAAUGAUGAGUUUCAAAUACCUAUUUAUAAUGACGUUGUUUAGGCUCCAUAUCUAUUUCCUAAUCGUAAAAUCAAAAAAGAAAUGUACUUUAUGCAUUCAUAUCAUCUGAAUGAAGAUCGAGUUAAUAUCAAUGGGAAAUCUUAUCUACCAUCCUUUACUGUUAAACCUAGUUUAGAUUUCGGAUAGGAUAGCUUGCUAGAUAAACCUCUCAAAGCUCCUCAAGAUUUUAUUCUUGAAUAAUGA